AUGUGUUUUGUUCCAGGAUCAACAAACACAAAUGUUUUGAAAAAACUAGAAAGUUUUGCAAUGUAUGAUUGCUUCAAUAUGGCAUACCAAGAUAAUACAAAUGCUGUUCAGUUACACAUUAAAAUUAACAGUGAAAAUUUAUUACCAGUUCCACAGAAAUAUAAUUCAGGAUCGUUGCGUGUACCAGCUGAUCCUUCCUGGCCUAAAAUACCGCAGCGUAAAUUAGCUGACGAUGCCGGUGAUACCAUUGAACCUCCAUGUAUAGUUACUUUAACAGGAACUCCUAGAAGAAGUCGUACUGUGGUUCAUACACCACUGAAUCAAUCUCCCAAGUCUACAGUAACCAGAGAUAGUGCAUAUUCUUCUUUUCAUCAUCAAAAAGCUACUUCAAGUAUGCACACUUUAAAACGACUUCCUGGUUACGUCGAUCCCCGUUUCAAAAAAGUGACAAAUGUUAAAAGGAGUCAAGUAACAUCAACUGAAUCAUUACAAAAAAAACCGAAUCAGUCUGAUAUUGCUACCUCUAUAGAACAUCUGCAGAGAAGAGAAACUGAAAAACCAUGUUAUGAUAGGAAAGAAACAAGAAUACAAGGAGUGGAAAAGCCUCAUAAAGAAGAAAAAAAGAAAUCAGCACAAAAUUAUAAAGAAAACAACAAGCCUAAUAUCAACCAAGGACAAAUUUCAGAACAAAAUCAUUCUACAAAUAAUUCAGAAUUUAAAAAACUGGUUAAUAUUACAGAAAAUACUAAUAAAAAUGGAAUUGCAGAAAGAGAUAAAUGCAUAGAGAAUUCUGAACAUGCAUCAAGGGCACCAGUUAAUGAUGCAAAUACUCAAGUGAACAUUGCUCCUUCACCAGUGCAAGAAAAUAAUGGACAGUUGUUUUUCGUGCUAGACAAAACAAUGCAACCACAUCCUUUAAAUGCGAUUACAGUACCGCGGGAAUAUGUGAAUCAAUGCUACAAUGUACAACUUCCAAUCCUUACUUACCAAAACAUACCAAUGCAAGUAUCUUCCACAGGAACGGAAAACGUAAUACAGCAGUCUGUAACUUCUUCAGAGUAUAAAGACCAAAGCAAAACUUCGCCUUUAAUGAAGAAGGAAUCUGAACAGCAUGUUCAUUUAAAUCAGGCACAAAAUACAAACCAAUCUAUACCUCCCAUUAACAAUACUGAAGUAAAAAAUGUUUGUGAACAGGCAAAUACAUCAAAGGUACAAAGUAAUGUACCUGAAGGAAGUAGAAAAAGCUGUAUAAAGUUGGGUCACCCAGAAAAUUCAUUUGUACCUGAAAAACUGGUGGAUUCUAGUGAUUCUGAGUAUUACAUUCCUAAUAUAAAUAAAAAGAAUGUACAUGGUAAUACUUUCCAACGUUUAAAGGUAAAGAAAAUUGCAAGUGAUACAAGUGGUGAAGAAACAACAGACUCUGAAUUUACUGCACAAAAAAAUAUUCAAAAAAAAGAAUUUACCAAUGCAAAUAAAUUCACACCAAAAGCAAACAAGAUUAUUGCAGAUAUUAUGCAUGAUAACAUUAAAAGUUUAGCUCAAAAUCAUGAUCAAAUAAAUCUUCUAUCAAAAGAAAAUGAAUUUAACAAAUCAGUAUCUCAGUCUAAUGAAAUCACUGCUGAUCAAGAUCAAUCUUUACAUCAAAAUUACAAAACAGUUACCUGUGACACAAAAGCAAAAAAUAAAUCUGAACAAAAUCUGGUUUUUGCAAAAAAUGAAUGUACUAGAAAACUUUGUCGCAAUUCCGAGCCAUAUGUCACGUUCAAGCAAAAAAAGGUAUCAGCUAAAUUUUCCAGAAAAGCCAAAUCUUAUUUCCAGAAGAAUUCUCAUUCAGCAUUAGUGGAUUCUGACUACACUUCAGUAUGGCCUAAUUGUCAAUAUAACAAAUACAAACGUAAUCAAACAAGCAUUCAUAAAUGCAAUAAUUAUAAGGCAAAAAAAGGUGGUCAUUUUAAUCCUGUACCGGGGCAUGAACGGAAUAUAAACGCACGAAUAGAAAACACUUCGAAUUGUAGUGAACAAAAUUAUUUGCAAAAUAAUGAGCAAGCUGAUUUGAGUCAAGAAAUACCAAAAUGUUUGUCAAAAGGUUGCUUGCAAAGGGAACAUUGCAAGUGUGAAACAUCACCAAGGUCAAACACAGAUGAUAUGAAUGAAAGACCAAAAGGCAUUUCUCCAAAAACUCAAGAAUUAUUAAAUAAAAGUUACUGGUUGUACUACAACAAAUUAAGGCACAAAAUAAAGAAUGCAAACAGUAUUGAGCAACAGUAUCCCUACCGUUUGACAAUGGAUACGUUUGAAAAAGGGAAAACGGGAAAAACCACUGAAGUACAUGAUAAAGAGUUAAGAAAUCAAUUAAAAGUGAAUCCUGAACUCCAAACAUUACAACAGUGCACAGCUCUUUCUACAAUGAUCAAUAAAGCAUUAGACUCAAAUCUUCAGUCAGAUAUUAUGAAAACAGAACAAUUAUAUAUGAAUGACAACAUAAAAUCAUGUUUAAAUCCUAUAGCUGGAGUGCAAAAUGCUAAUACAAAAAAAAUUAUUCCAAACUUGAUGAAUAAUGAACCUGUGUUCAAUAAAGUAAACUGUAAUGGUGAUAGAAUGAAUGAUAAACAAUUUUUGGAACUCAAAUCUAUCAUUUUUUUUGGUGGUAUGAUGUAUAUCUUAAUAAUACUUUUGCCAAUGUUGUACGACUAUUUUUACUACGAAGAUGACUAUGAAAAUUUAACUUAUUUGGAACUGAUAAUGGAUUACAUUCUAUCUUCAUUUCAAGAAGCGUUUGGCGAUAUUUUCAGUGCUGUAAAAAAACUUUUUUUCUAUCCACAUGCAUGUAAAAAAUGCACCAAAAUCGCAUAA